GCUUUGCUCGCCUCGGUCUGCCUCGGCUAUGAAUGUAUUGUACUUAUUCCAGGUCCGCCCCUUUGAUCUUUUAAUGAUGAACGGCGUGUCAAACAGCUUAAUUAUGCUCAAGUUAUGCUAGGGGGUAGUUUAGCGAUAACUACAAUAAGACAGUGUCUUCCAUCUAAUUGGACGAGGCUCCAAGUGCCCCUGCCUGUAUCUCAACAACGAGACCCCUACUUACACUAGGGAGGAUGAUGUCAUCAUUCCUUUCCACCCGGAAUUCGUUAUCACGACAACAUCAACCAUUCUCUUAUAAGGAUUUGCAGACCGAGCUUCAAAUUCUUGAUCCUUCAUGAAUAUUGAUAUAUUUGAGACUAGGCGAAAUCGUCCUCUACUUGCAUGAUGAGCGGAAAUUCACAUGUCGAUACCAUGUUGGCCGGCGCCACCGCGGCAUUUGUGGUGGACAUGCUUGUAUAUCCAUUGGAUACGCUCAAAACUCGGCAGCAAAGCCAAGAUUUCUUGAAGACGUUUGUUGAUCCCUCAACCAAGACACGUCUACCGUCCCGGCAGCUAUUUAGGGGGCUUUACCAAGGAAUAGGAAUUGUCGUCGUUGCGACGUUACCGGCAGCAGGGACCUUCUUUACCGUGUACGAGGCUUCAAAGUCAUUUUUGAGUCGUCACUGCUCCAGCUUCGGACUUCCGCAGCCAGUCGCAUAUUCUGGUGCCUCAGCUAUUGCCGAAUGUGCGUCAUGUCUCGUGCUGACACCAGCCGAGGUCAUCAAGCAGAAUGCGCAGAUGUUACAACGGCACGAAUCAAGCCACGGUGGCAAAUCCACUAGAAAAUCUACUUCUCUCCAAGCUCUUCGCCAGCUGGGCGGCGCCGACGCUGGACGUAGGUUGCUCUCGGGGUACGCAGCCUUGGUGGCACGAAAUCUACCGUUUACCGCCAUCCAAUUCCCUAUUUUCGAGCAUUUACGGACGCGGUUAUGGAGACGUUACCCACCCAGGAAUGGCGACGCCCGAGUCGAAAGCAGCACCGAGAGGGGAAGUCUUUUCGAGACGGGCCUCGUAACGGGGACGAGCGCUGGGCUGGCUGGUAGUUUUGCGGCGGCCAUCACGACACCAAUGGACGUUGUCAAGACGCGGCUGAUGCUUGCUGCGGGUAGCAGCGAGCAGGACACUGCACGGGCGGAGAUAAGAAAGGAGGGCAGCAAGCCUAAAUACCAUGCCCGGGGAGGCCUAGCGGUGGCGCGGGAAGUGGUUGCCGAGAGAGGGAUCACUGGGCUUUUCCGAGGCGCGAUCCUUCGAUCUGUAUGGACGGCCGUGGGAAGUGGUUUGUAUCUGGGAAUGUAUGAGGUCGCUAAGACAUUCCUGACAAGGGGUAGAGAAGACGAUGGGAAUAGCUUUCCGUGAUCCAGGAGAGAAAAUAAAGGAGAACCAACCAAAUUCCUCCAAAAAUUAAGAAGCAAACAGCACAAAAUCAUGCAAUCUCCCACGUAACACUGUAGAUAUCCGGCCGAAGUGAAUAGCUCGUCUUUGUGACAUUGCUCGGCUGCAGCAUAAGUAUUUUAAUCUGAAUGAUAGCAGAUCACAUGCAAAUAAUCAUCAGGCAAAAUAGGUCGGAGCAGCAGUUAUUGGCUUGAUAUAAACACGAAUCCAAAAUCGGUUCCUAAUCUCAGGUGAACGAGAAGUCUGCCACUAAAGAGCGAAAACCCCAAUCACGUAGGAAAUCGUGGAGGGAAUCUGGGUUUCGUAAACCUUCUGAACGUACACCACGUUGCGAAUGUUCAAGGAAUAUCCUGGCUACGAAAGGAA